AAGGCGCGCACCACACAGCGCGCAGCCCGCGCCUCCAGCCCGUGCGUUGUCCGUGAGUCCGCGGCGAUCGCCCGCCGGCCCAACCCUGCCCGCCCUGCGGACCCCGGCCGCCCCGAGCGGAGCCUGGAGCAAAAUGAUGCUUCAACACCCAGGCCAGGUCUCUGCCUCGGAAGUCAGUGCCUCAGCCAUCGUCCCCUGUCUGUCCCCUCCUGGGUCGCUGGUGUUUGAGGAUUUUGCCAACCUGACACCGUUUGUCAAGGAAGAGCUGAGGUUUGCUAUCCAGAACAAGCACCUGUGCCACCGGAUGUCGUCUGCACUGGAGUCAGUCACGGUCAGUGACAGGCCCCUGGAGAUGUCUGUCACAAAAGUUGAGAUAGCCCCUGAAGAAGAUGAAAGGAAGAAGAGGCGACGGGAAAGAAAUAAGAUUGCAGCUGCCAAGUGUCGAAACAAGAAGAAGGAGAAGACGGAGUGCCUCCAGAAAGAGUCAGAGAAGCUGGAGAGUGUGAAUGCUGAACUGAAGGCCCAGAUUGAGGAGCUCAAGAACGAGAAGCAGCACUUGAUAUACAUGCUCAACCUCCAUCGGCCCACAUGUAUCGUCCGGGCUCAGAACGGGAGGACUCCAGAAGAUGAGAGAAACCUCUUUAUCCAACAGAUAAAGGAAGGAACAUUGCAGAGCUAAGCAGCCACGGCAUGGGGCAACUGGGGAGUCCUCAUCGAAUCCUCCUUUUUCACCCAAACCCUGAUGCCAUUGGAGCGCUGACUUCCUGUGCACCUGUAGAAUCCCAGCGGCAGAGAACCAUCCUGGUGGGAGAGCCCUUGGAGGCCCACGGGGCCCUCCCACUGUGCCCUAGAGUGGACUUUGGACCAGGGCAAGCACAUUUUGCUUCACCUCCAGGAUUUAGGCCUUCACACACUGGCCAUCCUUAGAUGUUCCAGGUGGUCUCUGGUUAGGGUCUUGCCCGCCUUUCGUCUGGAUUUUAUGAAAACCAGGACGCCCACCCUUAGGAUCCACGCAGAAGUGUCUGUACCUUGGGUGGGUGAGAUGAGGCCAUCUCCGCAGCGGUGGCCGCUGUCCCUCAUAGGAAACGUGGAGUGAGAAUGGCAUUUAGCAAACUUGUGCGAUGGCCAGGGCUGUGCUUCCUAGCAAGCGUGCUGUUCUGUCCAGGACUUAACUGUGUGCGAGGCAUUCAUUUCAGAAGUAAGCUUUGUGCUCUUUUCAUGUUUCGCACAACACCCGUGUGACUUCUACGUGGUUCUCCUCAGGCCUUUCGCCCCUGGCAGUGUCUCACAAGAGCUGUGGGUCCCAGGAGGACACAGUCCUCCUAUUGGCCAGCCGGGUGGCUUUGUGCUGACAGAGGAGACCUCUCUUCCUUUGGUACCCAGGCAAGAACACAAACUCCACGGGGGCGGCAGGGCCUCUGUUGCAAACCCAGUUCAGUGUCACAGGAGGAAAGCCAACAGUCCAGCUUCCACGAGGUUGGGCUUCUCCACUCAGUGACUUGGGUCAAGAGUUAGUGCUAGGCCAGAAGAGCCCACGAAUAUUCCAUUUUCCUUUCCUUGUGGUUGAAAAACCACAGUGAGUGGAGGAGUGUUUGAAGCCAGGUGAUGUCUAGGCUUUAGCAUUAUUAGAUGUUAAUGGCAUUGUUUUUGUCAUGUGGCUGUUUCCAGAAAUCCAACUAGAGCAUUUGCCUCUGAGAAGUCACACUGGCCACGCAGACUCUGGCUGCUGUUAAAUUUCUGAUGUUUCCGUGAAAUCCUCAGAGUGCUUAAUCCUACUCAGCAGUACCGUUACAGUUUUCUGUAAGAGAAACUAUUACUUAUUUAUCUUAGUAUUCUUAAUCUGUCAAUAUAAUAAAAAUUGGAGCCAAGACGUAAA